UUGUUAUAAUACGGCACAGGAUACUUAUUGAUUAAAAAGUUUUUCUCUUCAACUGCCAACAACUGAAAAAGUGGUUCUAAGCUAAGCUUGCUUUGAAGUAGCAAAUUGUCAAGUGUUAUAUAUAAAGAAGGUUUUCAUUAAAGACAGUUAGAUAUUCCGGUCAGAGAAUAAACAACGCUGGAUCCAAUUUGGAUACUCUGCAAAAACUUGAAAUAGUGUCCUUGGCAAACUUGCGGAUAGGAUUCUCAUGAUUCAGUCUGCAUCCUCGGUUAAUAGCAACAGUAAUAAUGGAGCGAAUCAGGUGGUGGAUAUGAGUACUUCUCCCGGUGCUGAAACUCCUAUAGCGAAUGGUACUACAUUAACUUCCUUGGGUCCUGGUUCGAAUUCUGGGUCGCAAACGAGGAAGAUUACUCAAUUCAGCAAUAAACUUUAUAAUAUGGUAAACGAUUCCUCGACAGACUCUCUUAUCCGUUGGAGCGAGCGUGGUGAUUCAUUUUUCGUCAUCGGCCAUGAGGAUUUUGCAAAACUUGUACUUCCUCGAUAUUUUAAGCACAAUAACUUUUCAAGUUUUGUACGACAGCUAAACAUGUAUGGUUUUCAUAAAGUCCCACAUAUCCAACAGGGUGUUUUGCAAUCGGAUAGCCCCAACGAGCUGCUUGAGUUUGCGAAUCCCAAUUUUCAACGUGACCAACCAGAACUACUUUGUUACGUUACAAGAAAAAAGGGUGGCUCGCAAGCUUCUGACGAUGCUGCUAACUCACUCGAUAUGUCAACAAUCACAAUGGAGUUGCAGAACAUCCGUAGCCAACAAAUGAGUCUUUCAAGCGAGUUAAACCGAAUUCAAGUUGAUAAUGCCGCUCUUUGGCAAGAGAACAUCGAAACCCGAGAGAGGCAACGUCGACACCAGGAAACUAUAGACAAAAUUCUUAGAUUUCUUGCUAGUGUAUAUUUGGAUGGUAAACAGAAGCCAGCAAGCAAAGUCAUGCCCAAGAGUCGCAGACUUUUGCUGGAAGCCAAAUACCCCAAUUCGUCAGACCCGAAUGUUAACGCCAACCGAACUUCUCCUUUUGAUACAUCUUCCAAUACGAUGCCUACUAAUGCAGGGUUCGCUCCUUCCAACGGAAACCAGGAAAGCGAUACCGAUUUGCGUUUCCGAUCUAUGUCUGCUGGUCCUGCCUCGUCGAGCAAUAUUUCUAAAGCCAAAUCUGACACUGCAUCUCCCAAAAACGUUGACGCUCAUGAUUUUAUGAAUGAGUUAAAUUCACAAAGGAAGAAUUCCGUGGAGUCUCUCGCGAAUCCAGUAGAUUCCAGUAUCUCUCCAAAUGGGUCUCCAUCCACUGAAUUGCCCACUAACUCUAAUCAAGAUGAUGGUUUAGAGUCAAAAUUAUCCAAUACGGGUGAUAUUAUUAAUAUGCUUGACGAUGCCGGAACUGUGGACAAUGAAAACAUGAACAGGUUGUCACCUUUGCUGUUUGAUUAUCAAGAUUCGGGGUAUCCGACGAAUAUGGAUCCUCAUGAGCAAAAUCACAUACCAGCUUACGGUACCCAAACUGAUAGCUACCCUUCUACUGAGAGUGCUAUUACUAAUAGGUCAGCUUUGAAUCCUUAUUCAUAUAACGACUACUUGUCCAACAUGAACCCCUCUUAUAUGUCUUACCCAAACAAGGAACAGCUUACUAGUUUCUAUCCAGGUUUUGCUUCUGAUCAAAAACGAAUCGCAAAUGUAAAUGAUGGGAUUGCAAAGCAAGAUCAAAACAUCCAAGCUUUGGCUGAUAUACUAGGGAUCCCUCUUUCUGAUGUGAAAGGCGACUCUAACGGAAAUCCGGCCUUUGCUUCUUCUUCAUUAAACAACAAUUAUAAUUUACCUCUUUCUUCUGAUCUAGAGAGCGUGCUGAAUGUUGCUCCUAGUGAAGAAUCUUUUUCGGAAUCAAAUCCUGUUUUUGAUGAGUUUACGAACAUUUCUAAUUUGACUUCUCCAGAAGCUUCUACAAGUCAAGGUUUUGAUCCAAACAGUAUGACAUUGCCUGGGAUGCAGAAUUCUCAUUUGAAUACGCCUUCUCAAGUUCGUAAAAAAAGAAAGUCCAGUGUCGGUGUAUAAAGGGUUUUCUAAAAGGGGAUCUGUGGCUCUCUUUUGUGAGCACUUUUGUAAUUUAUAUUGAAAACAUGGGUUUUUAAUAAUGAGUCAUUGUUGUUGGUUUUGCUUUAUGAUUCUUUUUAUGAAGAAGUGAUGGUAUCUUGUUAAGUUGUUUUUUAUUUUUCUUUAUCAACUAAUAGUAUCUUGGUUUAGAGUGUAUUAAUGUUAUGAAUAUGUUCAUGAAGUGAUAUA